AUGGUUUCAGCGGCCGAGCCCCCCGCGUAUCAAGCAUUGCUUGAGCUUGAGAAGGGCACAUCAGGUUCGCCAGUUGAGCAGCUUGCAGAGGCUGCUAGGAUCACAGGAGUUGAUCUUGAGAGCUAUGUACACCAAUAUUUGGCAGGCGACGGUGGACUCCCCUCAAUUACGUCGGCUCUCUCUGCACCCACCGAGGAAUGGGUUCUGCGAUGGCUGCUGAAGAAGCUCAAGGGUCUAGCCGAGGAACGGAAUGAAUAUAGGAAGAACGAGAGAUCGUGGAUAUUAUUGCGGAUUCUCUUUGGCCGAAUCCCAAUUAGGAGCCUGGCGUUUACGUUGAACGAAAAUAAUUUCCUGGCAAUACUUCAAGACUCGUUGGUGGCCUUGGAAUCGACGGGAAAUGAAGAAAAGCGUGCUUUGGAUGCGGGAUACGACUCUAAAGUAGGCGCGCAGCUGAAGCGAGUCCCCGAAUCAGACUCUUCUACCCGAAGCCGGAAACGCAAGCGGACAGAUGGCGGGCUUAGCACGGAUACUCCAGAAGCGGACAGCUCAUGCGAUGCCUCCUCAGGCACUCUCCUUGCCAUUAUCGAAUCAAUUCAUGCUCUUGUACAGCUCGCCAACCAAAUCCCGCAAGCCCAAAUUUCGCUGAGGGCUCAGCUGAAGCUCGUCUUUCGUGGACAGCUUAAAGCAAGUGCUAUAAUCCUUGGUCAAUCCUGUAGUCAUGCUUUGACUGCCAUUGAUGAAGUAGAUGUUGCGAAAGAAGCCUCGUAUAGGCUGCAACUAUAUUCCUCUCUCGUCUCGGUAGUGGAGAUAUGGGCACUCCGAUCAGACUCUUCCGAAGGUGACUCGAGCAAGUCUAGUAAUGAUUUGUUUGUUUCCCAUGCCCUUGUAGGUGUGUUGGGCUUGAUUAGAAACAUACAUCAGUCCCAAGGUGGUGCCUCCAGGAAUCAGGAAUUAGUAAAUGGCCUCGAGCGAUUAGUGGUCCUUCAUGUCGUCCUCCAUCUCCGCGAGAAUUUUUUCUCCUCGGAAUCCACAGCUACCAACAACCAGAUCAGCCCCAAGAAAGUACAACUCCUCAGUGACGAGGUUCAAUCAAGGCUAGGGGCAGUACUCUCUGACUCAAAUAGCUAUAUUCUCCCAACGCUUUUCGAUGUUUCUAUCCGUGCUAUGCCUAGGAAUAAUUUCAGGCGGCAGCUGCAUGAAAACCCUUGGCUCGAAUCACUCGCAAUCUCCCUUCUGGCACGAGGCAGCUAUUCACUAAGUGGGGAACGGGCAGCAAAUUCUUCUACGCGAAGUGUCUCCUUGCUACAGGAAUUUCUUGGUGUAGCUAUCCAGCGAAAGUUGAAACUCUCCUUGGAGACACUGGUCCAAAUUACGAGCGGAUAUUCCCAGCUCCUGUCAAAGUCUCAGAGUGAAAUUGAAUGGCAUCUAAUCACCCAGAUAUUGAAGCUCGAUGUUGAUGUGUUCUUGUUAAAUUCCGGCUUAGAACAAUCUGCCACCCUACUAGACUCUCUGCUAGGUGGCAUCACGUCUUUAUCUCUCCAGCCAGAAUCUACCUCAAGUGGUCUAUACAACACGAUAAAAUUUGAUAUCGUCAUCCCUCUGGCGCGCGGAUUUUUCAACGCCAGAGAUGGCUCUGCUUUUGUCCGAAUAUGGACCGAACAGCUAUCCCGACUUGAAACGGCGCGACGUACCAGCGAGAAUGGCAUAUUAUUUUCUGUCUGGGAAGAUGAUGAUGUAGUCAAUGCUUGUGGAGAACUUCUGGCGGCAGACGCACAGCUUGAUGCCCAGGUCGAAGAUAUUCUGGUAAAGGUCCAAUCGACCGAACGAUCCUCACUUGACAUAUCGAGGGCCGUUAUUAUGGGCUGCCUCACCACCCUACUUGCCAAUAACCAAGCUAUGGCCCAGCUAACCUCCGAAACCCGCCAACUUCUAUUUACCAAUCUCCUCUCAACUCUUGGGGACGAAGCGACUUCUACGAUAAAAUCACAGCUUGCUGAUAUUUGGAGCUCCUUUUUAUCACCACAGUCAGUCUUAGAUUCGUCUUGUGUCGUGGACGACAUCGUCAAGGUGGUUUAUGAUAAACUUGAACAGGACGCGGUUCCGUCCAAAUUGCUGGUUGGCACUCUCCUAUCUAUUCCCACCCGCUUAGUAGCCCGGCCACAGCGAGGUUCAGUUUUGGAUCUUCUUCAAUCUUUCUUCUUGGAGGGUAAGGUCGACGCGGAUAUGAAAUUAGAUAUAUUAUUGCUCAUGACAAGCCUAAUGGAGGCCACGAGGUCGCCAGCUCAAAUCACCAGUGACCAGAACACAACCUGGGCAAUUUCUCGUUCAAUUCAUGUGAGCAGCGAAGACAAUAGUCAACUACUUUUUGAUGCCUUCCGGAAAUUCCACGAAGUUGUUAUGGAUCGGUUUGAAGCUGCGCCUGAAGAUUCCGUGACUAAAUUCAUGAAGAGCACAUAUCUAAAGGUAACCAAUGAAGCAGCUUCACCAAAUUACCAAACUAUGGAAUACCCCUUGUUCAUCCUCACCCUUUCGUUCUUACACAAACGCAAGCAACAGCUUGACAGCAGCAAAAAGUUUGAGGCUAUCUGUAGCCUACGACAGAAAACUUUUGACGCCUUAGUUUCGGAUAUACACUCCUUAGCUAGAGCGAUAAAGAAGGGAUCGGAUGACCUCGAUACUGUCAAGCUGGCGGGAAUUUUGUGCAUGUUGGAUGCUUUCCAGGAUCUUCAGCAAGAGAGCAAAGAUUCACGGAAGGAAAUCAGCAAACUCGAAGAAUAUAUGUCUAGAUACAACUUACCAGUGCAAUUCCAAAAACAAGCCAAGUUACAAAAGGUCACUUCAAAGGCCCCGAGCGCCGAUGUCGAAUCUCGUUUACUUGACUGCACUAUAUUAUUUCCGCUCGAACAGCUACACGGGAAGGACCAGAGAUCCCUAGUUCACAAGGUGAACCUUCAGCUAUCGCAGAUGAAGGAGGAAACAGUGGUAAAACUAAUUCACAACUUACGCGAAGCAGACUUAUCAGGGGAGCAAAGCGGCUACCAGCUUCUAUUGUUAGGCAUGGCAGUACUGAAACUGGAUCCAGUGCAGGAUCGAGAAAGCUUAGCAUCAAGUGAACUAUCGACGGCUUUCACCAAGGUGUCAGCGGCAUUCUCCCGUAACACUUCUAUCGAAGCCUUCAGUCUCGCAGCUGAAGUUUUGGAUACUCUUUUGCGGUCACAGUCUAGAUCUAUCACCCAGUGGAACAUAGACAACCUACUAGCCAAUAUAUCCCUAAUCGCAUCUCCAGGCGGCCCGCCAAUUGAUGCGAAGUUCGCGGGUCCGAUCCACACGCGGCUCUGCAAACUCCUAGGCACUCUGUUUGAACUAUAUCGACAAAAGCUUAGUGGGAGGUUCCACCUGGUUCUACCGAUCAUGCAAGCGCUCUUACGGUGCUUAUUUACCCGCAAUCAGAAAACGGCGAACUCACCUACGGCGGGGUUAACUCUUCCACCAUGGGUUGGAGACUCUUCCUGUCUUGAAGCAGCGCAUGGGACACAGUUUUCUCGUCUUCUCAGCGCACUCUGUGAUCCAACUGUUUCUUCAGUUCAAAGACAGCGAGGAGGCGACCAUUCGAGUCAAGGGUUGAGCGAUAAUACAAAGAAAGUGAAAAGUUUGGCAGGCCAGUAUCUGCAGUAUCUUGUCAUGGAGUACUCUUCGUGCCAGUUAAGGGGGUAUAUAUCCCCAGAAAUGAAAGCAGCGCUAAUGCCGGGGAUGUAUGUGGUUCUAGACGUAAUGUCACAGAGCACAAUGCGUGCCAUGAACGCAGGGAUGGAUUCUUCGAGUCGUGCGGUGUUCAAGACACUCUACGACGAUUAUGUUCGCUUCGGAAAGUGGGAUCAUAACUAA